GCGCGCUUCGCCAUCGUCCCCCGCGCCAUCCAUCCGUGCCCGUCCAUCACCUCCGGCCAUCUCGCACCGCCGGGCCGCGAUUUACUACCAUCUUGCUCGUCGACAGUUUCCGACAUGCCCGGCAAGACGCCCGAUAAAGAACCCGUGGAGAACGGUGGUUACCGGGGAGGGAAAGACAUCACAGAGAAGGACCUGAAGUCCAAGGCGAAGAAGGCUAGCAAAAAAGAGGGCGACGACGAGAUGACGGUGGUGGUUCCGCCCGCGAAGUCAUCGAAGCAGUCGUCGGCGCCUCCGCCAAACGACGCCGACGGCGACGUCCUCAUGGAUGACGCGGAGAAGGCCGCCGAGGGCGAGGUCAAGGUCGACCCCGUCGUGCAGACCAUCAACGAUAUUAAGAGCAACUUUGCGCUCCUAGAUCGUGCCGUCGCGCAGUUUGACGCGCGGUUCUCGCUCCGCGCGCUGCGGUCCAUCUCAUCGAUCCGGAGACGCCUGACGCCCGAUAUCCUCGCCCAAGCCAUCUCCGAGACGUACGCCUCGUCGUCGGCGAGCGCCGACGUUGCGAAGCGGAUGCUCCUGGCGAUUGGCCGGCCAGACGUGUCGCUGGGCCGCCAGCCCGGCCCGGAGAUGGAGAUCGACAGCGAGCCGAAGGCGGCAGCCGCUAAGAACGGCGCGAGGAAGGAGGUGAAGGAGGUCAUCCCCGAGGUCGACGUCUUCCUCGGUAUCCUGACGCAGGUCCUGCUCCACGACAGCAAGCGGCACCAGCAAGGUCUGGAAUUCUCGCAAUACCUGGCCGAGCGGAUCCGGUCGCUCAACCGCCGCACGCUCGACAGCCUUUCUGCCAAGGUCUACUUCUACUACUCGUUAUUUGCUGAACAGAUUGCCCCCCUCCCGCCGUCCCCGCUGUCGCCCAUCGUGUCGAUCCGGCCGACCCUCCUCGCCGCCCUUCGUACCGCCGUGCUGCGCAAGGACGUCGACACACAAGCCUCGGUCAUCGUCCUCCUGCUCCGGAAUUAUCUCCUCACGUCGCACAUCUCUCAAGCCGACCUGCUUGUGUCGCACACACAAUUCCCCGAGAAUGCCGCCAAUAACCAGGUCGCCCGGUUCCUCUACUACCUCGGCCGCACCCGAGCCAUCCAGCUCCGCUACACCGAAGCCCACGAGCACCUGACGGCCGCGACGCGGAAAGCGCCCUCGAGCGCCUGCGCCCUCGGCUUCAGCCAGACGGCGACGAAGCUUCUGCUGGUGGUGGAGCUGCUCAUGGGCGACAUUCCGGACCGGGCCACGUUCCGGCAGCCGAACAUGGAGACGGCCCUGCGGCCCUACUUCCUGCUCGUGCAGGCGGUGCGGGUCGGCAACCUGGAGGACUUCGAGGGCAUCAUCGCCGACCACGCCGACACGUUCCGGCGCGACGGCACGUACACGCUGAUCCUGCGCCUGCGGCAGAACGUCAUCAAGACGGGCAUCCGCAUGAUGAGCUUGAGCUACAGCCGCAUCUCGCUGCGCGACAUCUGCAUCCGCCUCCACCUGGGCUCCGAGGAGAGCGCCGAGUACAUUGUGGCUAAGGCGAUCCGCGACGGCGUCAUCGAGGCGACGCUCGACCGCGAGCGGGGCUUCAUGAAGAGCAAGGAGGUCGGCGACGUCUACGCCACGCGCGAGCCGGGCGAGGCCUUCCACGACCGCAUCCGCGCGUGCCUGGCGCUACACGACGAGAGCGUGAAGGCCAUGAGGUUCCCCAUGAACCAGCACCGCCUCGAGCUGAAGAAUGCCCAGGAAGCCCGCGAGCGCGAGCGCGAGAUGGCCAAGGAGAUCCAGGAGGGCGAUCUGGACGAGGACGAUCUCGGCGGUGACUUCGAGGGCAUGUAAUUAUCCACUCAUCACCACCUAUCACCAUCACCAUCCCCUACCGCCCCACCACCACCGCCGUAAACACCUCAACCAUCAUGUGUUUUUGGCUUUCCCACUUGCUUUUUCUGGUUUCCUUGUUAUUAUCGGUCCUUGUAAACUUUGUGUUGAAGAGAGAGAAGACAGAGACAAGGGGUAAGGUGUGCAGUCGCAGCAGAGGAGGAGGGGUGAAGAUAAGGGGAGAGAUAGGGGUCAAUAGCCGGGUGGGUGGGAAGCGAGGAGGGGCGAGAAUACAGAGUCGUUGGUUGCCCACUUCCCUCGC